AAAAAGCAAGAUAUCUCUUGGUUAAUUCUACGGCAUACUAAACGACCUUGGUCGCGGAAGCAUCGAGGAAGGACAACAGCUAUCCAUUUAUAGACAUUUACUUUCCUAAAGUCGCCUAGUUGCCUCUUCAACAUCUUGCGCCUGCUAAGAUUAGUACAGUGUACUCAAUAGGUAGUCGCAGCUAAUGCGGAGAAGGCGGUUUAUACCAGGCUUGCCAGGGAUGGAGUCAACCGCCUAGCAGGAUUCCAGACAAGUACUUGAUAUUGCCACUGCUUGACCUUGAAUAACCUCCAGGUGCCUUUUUAUCAAUGACUUACCUCACAUCUUACCAUGACCCUCCCCUCGUGUAUUUGGCACGCUGGUCUUACUCUUCUUCUCCUAUCAAGCGGCCUUGUGCAGGCUAACUCGAAAGCCUCUCCCCAGAGUGCGCCUGGCCAAUGCGACGCUCGUACCAUCAACUACAUCACGCACGCGCUGCCGUCGCUAUGCCUCAAGACAUCAUGGACGGACUCAAUACCGGCCCCGACCAAGAUUUCCAUCACAGGCGACUACUAUGAUGCUGCCGAGCGUGUUACACAACCCCUUGUGGAGGAGGAGGAGGCCUCGCCAUCUGCAGCGACCCAAAACGACACGUUGACGAAGACAUCUACGGGCGAUACCUUUACGACGCCUUUCAUGUCAUUUGAGGACUGGAAGGAGAUGAUGCUAAAGGAAACUGGACAAGACCCUCAAGACUUGCACCUUCGGAACUCAAGCGGGCGUCAGAAAGGAGACCGACCAUCCCACGACGUGGAAGAGGGACUGGGUGAAGAAGGAGAAAUAUCCCUGACCUUUGAUGAUUACGGCGAUGGAGAAGGAACUCGAACUGGAACCUAUGCGGAACCGGCAAACUCGAAUAAGGGCGAUGAUGUUGACGAGGCUCUUGUGUCCAAAGACGGGAAAGCGCCCAUCUACCGAAGCAAAGACGCUGGACAAACUUGCAAGGAGCGCUUCUCAUACUCGUCCUUCGAUGCCGGCGCCACCGUUUUGAAAGCCGGCCCACAAGCCAAAAAUGCCAAAGCAAUUCUGGUGGAAAACAAGGACUCUUACAUGCUACUUGAAUGCGCCGCGCAAAACAAGUAUGUCAUCGUCGAGCUCAGCGACGAUAUCCUCAUCGACACAAUCGUCAUCGCCAAUUUUGAAUUCUUCUCUAGCAUGGUUCGUCAUUUUAGGGUCAGCGUGAGUGACAGAUAUCCCGUGAAAAUGGAUAAGUGGAGGGAGAUUGGAAUAUUCGAAGCCGCAAACUCUCGUGACAUACAGGCGUUCCUUGUACAGAACCCUCAGAUCUGGGCGAAAUAUAUCAGGCUUGAGUUCAUUACACAUUACGGAAACGAGUAUUACUGCCCAGUUUCGUUACUACGAGUACAUGGCUCGAGAAUGCUCGACUCUUGGAAAGAUAGUGAGACGGGUCGAGAAGAUGACGCUCAUGAAGAGGAGGAGGAGGUUGAGGAGGAAGAGGUCCUCUCGGUUCCCGCUGCUACUGUUUUACCACCAUCCGCGGCUGUUGAAACCACUGUCGAGACCAAAAGUGACGAGGAGACUAUUCCCCCUCCCGUCAGCACCUCUCUGCCACCAUUAGACGAAGACCCCUUCUACCUUUUGACAGCGACAUGCGCUGCGUCUCCAACGGUGGCAGCUGAUGGAACACCGGGGAAUCUGAGCUCCGCAACCGCUAGUGAGGGGGUCAAACCUCAGAGUAAAGACGGUGCCGUGGAAUCAGACCCUGCAUCUCCGGAUUCUCCAAGAUCAAACGCUACGCAAGCGCGUGAUCCUUCUACUACACCGCCGUUGAAACAAACGGACCCUUCCAAACCGGCUGUCGAGAAUGCCCAAGUCCCGGUAGAGCCUGUAGACUCUACAGGGACAGGCUCCGGGACAAACUCAGGGACAGGCUCCGGGACAGGAAAACCUCGAAGUACCUCAAGCGCCUCCGCUGCUACGCCAACCGUGCAGGGCAGCUUCUUCAACUCCAUCACCAAGCGCCUACAGCAGGUCGAGUCCAAUCUCACACUGUCUCUCAAAUACGUCGAGGACCAAUCGCGGCUCAUGCAGGAUGCGCUGCAGAAAACCGAACAGAAGCAAGUAUCUAAGCUCACUCGUUUCCUCGGAGAUCUAAACUCCACCGUCCUCGCUGAAAUGCGCAAUGUGCGUGAGCAGUACGAACAGAUUUGGCAAUCCACCGUCCUAGCUCUCGAAAGUCAACGGGAGCAGUCCGAGCGUGACAUUGUCGCGCUGAGCACAAGACUGAACCUGCUGGCCGACGAAGUUGUCUUCCAGAAGCGCAUGGCCAUUGUCCAGGCCAUCCUAUUACUCUCUUGCUUGUUCCUCGUCAUUUUCUCUAGGGGGGUCCCCAUUCCUUAUCUUGCCGCCUUACAGGAACAAGCUGCCGGGAUUGCAUAUACCUCCCCGCCGCCGUAUUCUGGCCAUGGAUCUCAUGGCUUCUAUAAACCUGAUCCGGGUGUCCAAGCAGACGAACAACCGGUGCCGAGCCAUAUUCCAGUAGUCAGUGUCUCUUCAUUUGAAGCUGCACCAAACGUACCGAGUAAACGGAUGACGUUCUCCUCCCUAGAGACGACCGAAUCCCACCAGCCAAUUCGUGAAGCCGGUCAAAAGGAGCUUCCACGGCGGCAUCCCUCACUUGGAACGCCAGGAUCUCAAAAUGAUGACAAUUAUUCAGACAUACACCAUCUAGAUCACGAGUCACGCUUUCAUCCCCUCCGCCAUCCAGCUCCAAACCAUCUAAACACACCCCGAAAACCCCUUCCUUCUCUCCCUGAACAUUUGGUAUCGAAUCAGGACUCAUAACAUAAGGUAGAUAUUUCUAGUAACAGGUACCAGUUACUUGGUUAGCGGUCGAUGCUCCCAUGAGCGCUGUAUUAGUUAGUGCUACUGGGAUUUUAGAUGUCAGCCUCAUGGCAAUGAUAUUAAGCGUUUUGACUUUCUCGAACAAAAUGUGUAUUGAACUAUGAACGGACCCUGUUCUCUGUCUGUCAAACUACGUGUUCUCAUCUCACCACGUGAAAAAUCAUCGUUAUCAACCGAAAUAUAGCAAUUGCGUUGUGCGUAAAGAGAAAAAAAGAGGGGGAAAACAAUCAUCACAAAUGGAAUCAGUAAACUUCAAUGUCGCAAAAUAGUCGAGAGUCCUUUGCCAAUAAAGGGCAAGUUAGUUCGUCAUAGCUUCACUCACUGGGUCGGGCUGCCGUAAAGAUGCUGAAUGGCCGUCUCAUAGUCGUACUCCUCAAGGGCUGCAAGACGAGUGCCUCGGUCAUAUUGGGAUCGUCGGCGCCGUU